AUGAAAGUGGGUCACUCGAAAUGCGAUGAGGCUCUGGCUUCUCCGUUGCCACACACAGCCUUCUCCAGCUCAUCUGUCUUCUCAAAUGGAUAUGCACCUGGAUAUGCCAAGCUCAACAGACGCGGAGGCGCUGGCGGAUGGUCUCCACUCGAUAGCGACCACUACCAGUGGCUGCAGGUGGACCUGGGAUCCAGAAAGCAACUGAGUGCCAUAGCUACACAGGGUCGCUACAGCAGUUCUGAUUGGACCACGCGAUACCGUUUGCUCUACAGUGAUACAGGAAGGAACUGGAAACCUUACCACCAGGAUGGCAACAUUUGGGCCUUCUCUGGAAACUCCAACUCGGAGAGUGCAAUUCGGCAUGAGCUACAGCACGGAAUUGUGGCACGUUUCCUGAGGCUCGUCCCCCUGGAAUGGAGCAAAGAAGGCAGGAUUGGACUUCGCAUUGAAGUCUAUGGCUGCUUGUACUGGGCAGACAUGAUCAACUUUGAUGGACAGGGUGUGAUCUCCUAUCGUUUCAAGGUGAAGAAGAUGAAGCUCAUCAAGGAUGUGAUUGCGCUGAGGUUCAAGACAUCCGAGAGUGAGGGAGUGAUUCUCCACGGAGAGGGGCAGCAGGGAGACUACAUCACUUUGGAACUCCGUAAAGCCAAGCUGCUGCUGCAGAUCAACUUGGGCAGUAACCAGUACGGCUCAAUUCUGGGCCAUACCUCAGUGACGACGGGCAGCCUCUUGGAUGACAACCACUGGCACUCGGUGGUGAUUGAGCGCUACCGUCGUAAUGUCAAUUUCACACUGGAUAGACACACGCAGCACUUCAGGACCAACGGGGAGUUUGAUCACCUCGACUUGGACUAUGAGCUGAGCUUCGGCGGAAUGCCAUACAGCGGAAAGCCAGUAGGAGGUGGGCGCAAGAACUUUAAAGGCUGCAUGGAGAGUAUCAACUACAAUGGAGACAACAUUACAGACCUAGCCCGAAGGAAAAAGCUGGACACAUCGAGCUUUCGUAACCUUUCAUUUUCCUGCCUGGAGACACACUCCUUCCCCGUCUUUUUCAACGCCACCAGCUUCCUGCAGCUGCCAGGUCGGGCUUCGCAUGAUGUCAUAUCGGUGGGCCUCCAGUUCCGCACGUGGAACCCACACGGGCUACUCCUCUUCAGCAACCUUGACGAUGGAACGCUGGAAAUUUCACUCGAAGACAGCAAGGUGGUUGUUCGCAUCAAUGUGACUAGGGAUGCCAAGAACUACCUAGUCGGCUUAACUUCAGGUUCAGGUCUUAAUGACGGCCAAUGGCAUGCCGUACGUUUGGUCGCCAAGGAGAAUUUUGCCAUGUUGAUGAUGGAUGGCGAUGAACCUUCUGCUGUACGUUCCACGUCACCACUCUUAAUAACCACUGGAGGAACUUAUCACCUAGGAGGGUAUUUUCUCCAGACGCUGUUCCCACCAACUCAGCGCUACUUCCAGGGUUGCAUGCAAGCAAUUGUGGUGGAUGACCAAACGGCUGAUUUACAUGCAGUGGAGAAAGGCACAGUGGGAGCAUUUGAGAACGUCAGCCUGGACAUGUGUGCCAUUAUGGAUAGAUGUAUGCCUAAUCAUUGCGAACAUGGCGGUCGCUGUAAACAGACAUGGGACAAUUUCAGCUGCACUUGUGAUGGAACAGGAUACACUGGCGCUACCUGUCACACAUCUAUCUAUGAGCCAUCGUGUGAGGCCUAUAAGCAUUUGGGCCGGUCCACUGACACUUACUGGAUAGACCCUGAUGGCAGUGGACCUCUGGGACCCUUCAAAGUAAACUGCAACAUGACAGAGGAUAAAGUAUGGACAGUAGUCAUGAGCAACCUUCCACCGAAAACCACAGUGACCGGAUCCAGUAGAGAGAGACGCACCAUCCUCCAAGUCAACUACAGUGCCUCUCUUGACCAGGUAGCUGCCAUCACCACCAGUGCAGAACACUGUGAGCAGCAGAUCACAUACAGUUGCCGUAUGUCCAGACUGCUCAACACUCCAGAUGGCACUCCCUACACAUGGUGGGUGGGCCGGGGGAGUGAAAAACACUUCUACUGGGGGGGCUCGGGUCCUGGCAUCCAGAAGUGUGCCUGCGGCAUCGAUAGGAAUUGCACUGACCCAAAGUACGACUGCAACUGUGAUGCCGACCACUCGCAAUGGAGGGAAGAUUCUGGCCUCUUGACAUAUAAAGAACACCUGCCAGUCAGCCAAGUUGCAGUGGGUGACACCAACCGAGCUGGCUCUGAGGCCAAGCUGACUGUAGGACCACUACACUGCCAGGGAGAUGAUAACUACUGGAAUGCAGCUUCAUUCACUACCCCGUCGUCCUACCUUCACUUUGCCACCUUCCAGGGGGAAACCAGUGCCGACAUCUCGUUCUAUUUCAAGACCAGCGCACCAUAUGGGGUCUUCCUGGAAAACCUGGGCAACACAGACUUCAUACGUUUAGAGCUGAAAUCUCCCAAAGUUGUCUCUUUCUCCUUCGAUGUGGGGAACGGCCCAGUGGAGUUAACAGUGCAUUCCGACCAACCUCUUAACGACGACCAGUGGCACCGAGUGAUGGCCGAGCGGAACAUCAAGGAGGCAGUUCUCCAGCUGGAUCAGAUCUACCAUAUCUCGCAGCCAGCGCCUGCGCAGGGACACACACGGUUAGAACUGUUCAGCCAACUCUAUGUGGGAAAACCAGCCUCGCAAACCUGCCAAGACAGUGCCGCAGGGGGCCAGAGAGGCUUUUUGGGCUGCAUCCGAGCUCUAAGGAUGAACGGGGUCACCCUUGACCUCGAAGAGAGGGCCAAGGUGACGCCCGGGGUCAAACCCGGCUGCCAAGGUCACUGUACCAGUUACGGCAUGUAUUGCCGCAAUGGGGGAAAGUGCGUGGAGAAGUACAACGGGUACUCAUGCGACUGCGCUUUAACUGCCUAUGACGGCCCUUUCUGCACUCAAGAUGUUGGAGGCUAUUUUGAGACCGGAACAUUGGUGAGGUACAACCUCCUCCCUGAAGGUGCAGCGGGAGCCAUGAAGGAUUCCAGGGUCUUUUCAAGUCAAUUCACGUCGCAGGAAGUCAAUUUAACCAAAGAGGAAGUGACGUUUAGUUUCAGCACCUCCAGUGCACCCGCCAUUUUGAUGUAUGUCAGCUCCAGGACUGAAGACUAUAUGGCAGUGGUGUUAAGGCACAACGGUUCUCUACAGGUCCGUUAUAAUUUGGGAGGUCUGAAAGAGCCUUUUGCCAUUGAUGUGGACCAGCGGAACCUAGCCAACGGACAACCGCACAGCAUCAAUAUGUCUCGCAUUGACAGAAGCCUCACCAUCCAGUUGGAUCAUUACCCUGCAGUCAGCUACACCCUCCCGGAUGCCUCGGACACCAAGUUCAACCUGGUCAAGACUCUCUUCUUGGGCAAAGUGUAUGAAACAGGAUACGUCGACCCAGUGGUGAUCGAGCGUUACAACACCCCAGGCUUCAUUGGCUGCUUAUCGCGUGUGCAGUUCAACGGACUCGCCCCCCUUAAGUCAGCACUGAGGAGAGGCACGCAGACAAGUCUUGUGCAAGACGAACAGCUCGCAGCUGCCUCACCGGUGUCUUACCAGGGUAAACUAGUGGAGUCCAACUGUGGGGCAUCACCUCUCACCAUCCCACCAAUGUCGGCUGCAACAGAUCCGUGGAAUCUGGACAACACAGAUGCGGAAUUCCCUUUCAAUGAGGAACGAGUGAUUCCUGAUGGAGUCAAUAGAGACUCAGCCAUUAUUGGAGGGAUCAUCGCAGUGGUGAUCUUCACCAUCUUAUGCACGCUGGUGUUCCUGAUCCGCUACAUGUUCCGUCACAAAGGCACCUACCACACCAACGAGGCCAAAAGCACCACAGAGCCUGCCGGGGAGUCGACAGACACGGCCAUCAUCGGAACAGACAACCCAGAAACCAUCGAGGAAUCUAAGAAGGAGUGGUUCAUCUAG